AUGCAUGACACGCACUCCGCUGACGUCCAGCCAGCCGCCAGUCACCUUUUCCCGCAGUGUGAUGGCCUUGGGCGCGACAUGCUCAGCGAGGAACUCUCCACGGACAUGGACAGGAUAACUCAGCUGCAAGAUGCCAUCUUAGACUUGCUGACGAUCACGUCUGCUUCGAUCGAGUACAUCACCCAUCGCACGCAGUUCGAGCAGACAAGCGCGGCCAUUCCGACCACUUUGCAGACAGCACAGGCUGCCAGAAGGAAAGAAUACAGGGCGGCCAUUGAGACGUUUGUCGCCGACAUUGUCCGGCGCGCAAAGGAUGUAGAGACACUCACCGCUGCCCUGCCGAGUAAAGACGACAGUGGAUUGAGAGCUGCCCGAUUGCAAGAGCUGCAAACUGAGAUGGUUGCGGCAAAUGUAGAGUACAAGGAAGCGCUCGCACAGGCAGAGGCCCUCCUUGGCGAAUUGCGCGACAUUCUUCGAGUGACACUGGGAGACGGCACUGAGCGCAACAUCGUCGCGAGCCUUGGGCGUCUGGGAUUGCCUGCAUGA